CCACAGAGAACAGAACAUCAACAAGGUACACAGGGUUUUCAAGUCCACUUCUAGCAUCAUGUGGAAAGCUGCCGCUCUGGCUGUUGGUCUGUUAGUUGCGCUGGCCGGUCCUUCCCAAGCCACAGAGGGGCACCCAAUCUACGGAGUGAAGCUGUGUGGGCGUGAGUUCAUCAGGGCAGUCAUCUUCACCUGUGGAGGCUCACGUUGGAAACGAUCUUUGGGCAUGCCAGGUGAGCUGGAAAACGAGCCUCUCUCCUCUCUUGACACUGAAAGCACAGACAGAUGGAUCCCUGACUCAGCCACGGGAGCUUCCUACAAGCAGCACUUAGAGGCCGAGGCUCCAGCUUGGCCUGGCCAGAGUGAGGAUGGAGGGGUGUUCAAUCGCCAGGCACGCUCCCUCAUAUCAGAAGAGGUGCUGGAAGCUCUGCGCACUUCAGAUAGGAAGGGGCGGGAUGUCGUAGUAGGGCUGUCCAAUGCUUGUUGCAAAUGGGGAUGCAGCAAGAGUGAAAUCAGCUCACUCUGUUGAUGACAUUCUUCCAGCCCUUUCUCACCAUUUCCUUUUCUUUUGUCUCACAAAAAUAGCCCAGUGAAGUAUUGGAGACUGUUACAAGAUCAGAAGCCUGUGUUAUCUCAGAAAUGUCCCCAACUUCUCUGAACCUUCUGUGAAAUUCUACAAUGAAUAAUAAUCUGUAUUGUACAACACUUUUCUCUAACUUAUU